CGUUUUGUGCAGUUCUCACGAAAUCAACUUUAAACGACACCGUACUGAAAUUGAAGACGAAAUUUUCACAUUAUUUCUUCUUAAAUAUGUCGACACUGCAGGUAUUAUGUCCUAACGGAAGAAGACAAAAUAUCAAAAUUACACCAAAUUCAAAACUUCUGCAGGUGCUAGAGGAAGUUUGUCAGAAACAGAAAUUUCUUCCACCAGAGGACUAUAAACUAAUACAUGGUAGAAACACUCUAGAUUUAACAUUAUCUGUAAGGUAUGCAAAUUUGCCUAACAAUGCCAAACUUGAGUUAGUGAAAGCAGAGAAAUCUCGUGUGAAAACUGAGGUACUGAUUGCUCUUCAGUUAAGGGGACGGGAACAGCUUGCAACACUCAUUUUUCAGGAACCAGUCUAUGGGAUUAUUACUGCACUGGGAGAACCAGGACUGAUAGGUACAUGUAUUUACUAUAUAAAACAAAGUGGCCAUAAAGGAAAGCUGACAUUUGUAGACAGUACACAAAGCCCCGCCUUACAUCCAGUGUGUAUUUAUAUGAGAGAGGAGGUAGUUGGUGAACUAGCUUUACGAGAGACCAAACUGCGAACCCUCGGUCUGACUGGUGGAAAAGCUGCGAUAAGGUUUGUUCACAGGCCUGUAGAUGACAAAACUCUGACAGACAUAGCUAACAAGUUUGAAAAAGAGAAACUGCGUAAAGCUAGACUUGACCAGGCCUCAUCAAAACAGAACAGUCCAAUGUCCUCCUCCUCCUCUAACUCUUCAACCAAUGUUCAAUCAUCCAUGUCAGUUGAAUCACAAAGUAACCUAGGUAACGAGACUAGUGCUCAGGUGAAAACCGAGAAUACCACAAUAUCUCUAAAUAUCAAUGUAAACAUUCAAAAUGACAAUAAACCAACCACAGCACAGAAAACAAGUCCUAAAGCAAGCCCUGAAGAACCUUCUCCCAAAGUAGUGAAGUUGGAGGAGGAGACUGUUGUGUCACAUGAUCUCUCUGAACCAAUGGAAGUUGAGCAGCCUCAAGGCUGGAGAGAAUGUAAUGGAAACUGAAGAUGCGUGUCAUCAAGUACUGAAACUAUUCAAGCAGGUUCAAGACAGUUGGAACCAGUGCCACCCAGCCAAUCAAAUAUCGAGUAUUUAAGAAGUGUACCAGGUAUAGAGGUGUUCACUCCAGAUGACUUCAAUGAUUUAUCACCAGAGCAACAGCAGGUUGCAAGGAGGCUUGCGCAGUCAUUCUUCGCAAACAUGGGAGCACAGGGACUUACUAUGAACCAACAGCAACCUCCAGGUGCUGCUAAACAGAAACAAAUCAAACCAAGACAACAACAACAACAACAACAAUUUUCUAAUUUCAAGUUUCCUGAAUCAACAAAGGGACAGAAUCUUUACAAUAAUGAAAUGAGUGCUGUGAGAAAGGAAGAAUUUCAGCCAUGUGAUAGAAAAAUCAAAGUGUUCAAUUUUGAAGAGCGUGUUGUGACGAAAGAAGCUAGUGAACAACAAGAUAGCGAUUUACCAGAUGAUUUCUUCGAGCAUACAGAUGCUGAUUUAAAGAGUCUGUUUACAGCUCAACAAAAACGCUUACAAGAAAUGGAGGAUCAGCCACUGAUGACAUCAGCUAUGAGAAAGGCUAAAUUUGAGUCGGAGUACAGUAAAUAUGAGACAGUUAUAAUACGUAUACAGUUUCAUGAUAAACUUACACUACAGGGCCUCUUUAGACCUAGAGAAACAGUUUUUGCUAUCAAAAAGUUUGUUAAAGAACACCUAGAAGAUAAAAGUAUGCCAUUUUACCUGUAUACUGCCCCACCCAAAAAUGUUCUCAAAGAUGAUACAGCCACAUUGAUAGAGGCACGUCUUGUACCAGCAACUGUGAUUUACUUCGGCAGUGAACAGCAAAAAGAUCAUUAUUUAUCUGAGGCAGUCUUGUCCGAGAUAUCACCUAAAUUACAAGCUGACAUACUAGUGGCAGAGUGUUUAAAUGGACUGAAUAAUGAGGUUGAAUUAUCAUCAUCAUCUGAACAGUCAUCAUCAUCGAAAGGAAAGAAACCAGCCAACUAUUCAUCAUCAUCAUCAUCAUCAAAAUCAUCAGGACAAAAGCCAGAUAAAAAUGUCCCUAAAUGGUUUAAAGUUGGGAAGAAAUGAUGAAGAUAUAGGAUCAUGUCACUGUCAUGUCAUCAGUGGAAAAUAAAUUAACUGUCAUAAUAACAAUAGGGUUGUUCCAUUUACAUUUCUGUGUUCUCAGUCAAACAACAAGUUAAAUGGUGAUUGCUCCAUUACAUUUUUGUUAUCUUAGCCAAACAAUUAGUUGUCGGUUUCUACCAAACAACCUCCUUGUGACCCUAAACACUGCCAAGAGGAACACCCAAGAUUUUUGUUGUUAAGUUAAAACUGGGAAUAAUUAUCUGCUUAUACCUAUGUAUGUAUAUAAGUCAGUCAAAUGCUUAAAACAGGCAUAUAGUUCUUUUACUAUUAGCAAAAAUGCAUAAAGUAAUACCAUUGUUUGUCCAUAUGUGAACACUUUGAUUUUCAGUCUAUAUACCUAAAACCUCUUUCGGAAUAUCUCAAAUACUUAACUAUUGAAGAUA